CUUGAACACAAUUGGCUGGUGCUGACAGAAUUCAGGGUCGCCGUAAGCAGCCGAUAAGCCCUUAUCAGGAAGCUAUUAGAAAGCUACAAGCUUCCACUUUCGGAUGAUGUCGUACACCAUAGAGGGCAUCACUGGCGUUGUCCAACGACACUUCUUCAAUACUAUUUCUUCACAGACCCGUCCCCUGGUUUUAGCAUCAGGAACGCUGACACAUUGUCUUGUCAUCUUAUGCUGAACCAAGGUUGUCCCUGAUAGUGAACAGGUACCAGUACACUCCUUCGCAAAUGGUUCAUACCCACACCAACAACAGCCUUGAACCCUACUUAUUACGUUGGCCUCGAACUACUCGAGUACUGCCAGCCAGCACUUCGCAGAUAGUUAAUUCAAUCAAUGGCGGCCAACUAUUGGGAAUCCACACAGCGAAGGAACUGGCUAUAUACUCGAGAGCAACUGGAUGAUCUGAGAAAGAAGCUGGAGGAAGAUGACCCAACUCGUGUGCAGUUAUACCCUUUGCCACAGUUGAGGUAUCUAAGUAUAUAUUUCAACCAGCGUAAGUUUGCUCUUUGCUUGUCGUAAGGUUUGUAUCUACUUCUGACUUUGCUAUCUUACAGAAGUGGCACGCCUGGGGAAACGUCUUGGGGUCCGGCAGCAAGCGAUGGCAACAGCACAGUUAUACAUUCGAAGAUUCUAUUCCAAAGUUGAGAUCAGGCGAACGAAUCCAUACCUCGUGAUAGCAACCGCAGUCUACCUUGCAAGCAAAAUGGAGGAAAGUCCGCACCACAUCAGACUAGUUGUAUCAGAAGGGCGGACAUUGUGGCCAGGUGCAAACCAUAUCCUGCCUCUGUAUGGCCAAAUAAUGCUGACUUUGGCGACCAGAUUUCUUUAGCAGUGAUACUUCCAAACUUGGUGAAUGCGAAUUCUUCAUAAUAUCCGAAAUGAGCUCGCAAAUGAUUGUUCACCAUCCUUACAGAACAUUAACCUCCCUACAAUCGACCUUUUCCCUCACCCAACAGGAAGCCUCUCUCGCUUGGUCAAUUAUUAACGAUCAUUACAUGACCGAUUUACCCCUCCUCGCUGCACCGCAUACCAUAGCUAUAAUGGCUAUCCUUCUCAGUCUGGUACUUCGCCCAAACCAAACUGGGGUUCAGUCUGCCAGUUCAGCUGGCAAUAUCGCAAGUGCGGCACAAGCUGCUUUGAGCUCAGUGGGCUCCUCAAGAUCUGGACAAGGUGGAGCUCCAAGGACCAAGUUACAGAGGCUUGUGAAUUGGCUUGCAGAAAGCAAUAUUGAUAUUGAAGCUAUUGUCGAUUGUACUCAGGAGAUUAUCUCUUUCUACGAGGUCCAAGAACAGUUUAACGAGAAACUCACAAGAGAGCAGAUCAACCGGUUUGUUAAGGCUUGCGGGCUUGAUAAGUGAUGGAAAAGGAAGCGGUAGUUCCAAAUAUUUGAAGAAGUUUGAAGUAAGGAAAUCCAAGAACGACGGGAAGUUCCAGGAGGAAGAAGAAAGACCCAAAGUUAAGCCCGGUUACUCGGUACGCCGGCAGGGGCAUGAGAUGAGGACUCCUUCCACGCAGGCAAUCUCAGUGUCUGAGUCGACCUUGAUUUUGCCGUCUGGUGUGCCUCUUGUUCCGGGACACGUUGGCAAAGGAAUAGAUAUUGGAUAUUCAUAAAGGUUGGCAGAGAGGCUAUACUAGGUCUAUAACUUUUACUUGUUCCAUUACUGUAUCUUAGAAUCUUUGUUAAUAGAAUUCCUAGUAAACUAUGGAACAAA